CCGAAAGAGAGAAACCAGAGGAAUAAGGGAGAAACGCAAGGAAAAAGGGAAAUCCAAUUUUCUUUGCUUUUCUCUCCUCUUUCUUCUUCUGCCAUUUUUCAAAAAAAUAAAAAACAAAAAUCAAAAUUAUGCGGCCGCAGACCCCCGAUAUCUCCUCCCCUGAUUCCGAUGACAUCCAAGAUGCAGCCUUCGCCAAUCGGCGCUGCUGUUUCUGUAUUCCCUGUCCCGAUGGAGUUGGAUCGGUCUGGUGGCAACGAAUUGGGAAUGUAAAUCCAAGCGACAGCGACAACGAGGAGCCGUGGUGGAUGCGAGGGUGGAAGAAGGUUCGGGAGUGGUCGGAGCUGGUGGCGGGGCCCAAGUGGAAGACGUUUAUCAGGCGGUUCAAAAGGUGCAAACACGGAGGAGGGGUGAAAUUGGGGAAAUUCCACUACGAUCCCUUGAGUUACUCCCUGAAUUUCGACGAAGGCGCGGGGCAGAACGGUUACUUCGACGAGGACGACUACAGGAGGAAUUUCUCUACCAGGUACGCCACUUUGCCAUCCUCCGCGAAGAGCUCCAUGGAUCUCGGCCGUGGCGCGCCGUUGUUUACGUGACCGUUUGGGCGGGAAUUUGUUCGUUCGGUAUCGUUCACGUGACAGUCUCGUGCACCAUCGCCACGUGGAGCGCCCGAUUCUCCGACAGCGUCGGUCGGGACAACUUUCUAUUUGUUCUAGUAGUUGAUUUACGGUUACACCGACACACGUAUGGCCGGUGUGGAGACUGGCUCUCACCGCCGGUUACGGGGCUUGCGUCAAAGUAACGGUUAAGAAAUUAAGGUUUUUUUUUUUCUUUAUAAUUAUCUCCUCCUCCUCCUCCUCUUGAAUUUUUUUACUCCCUUUUAUCGGCUCAUUUUUUUUUUAUUUUCUUAAUUUUUUCUGAGUUUUGAAGGUGGAAAGGGUCUGGUUUUUGGGGUAUUUGUAUGUUUUCAUAAAUGUGAAACAGUGAA